CCAAAGUGAAAUUUUAUCCAUGUUCGUCUUCAUAUUAGCAGGGCAUAAGACAGAUCUUUAUACCCUCCCCUCCCGACAUCUCUAUCCCUCUUCAGUGAAGAUCUCCGAUCAGACUAUAGUAUCAAUAAAAAAAAUCCAGUUAAUAAGCAACUGUAUACUGGAUCAAAAUGGCUAGUACAGCUUGCUUUAUGAUCAUUAGCAAAAAUGACAUUCCUAUCUAUGAAGCUGAAGUUGGAUCCGCUCCUAAAAAAGAAGAGGCUGCACAUCAGCACCAGUUCAUCCUUCAUGCAGCUUUGGAUGUUGUCCAGGAUCUUGCAUGGACUACAAGUGCCAUGUUUUUGAAAUCUAUCGAUAGAUUCAAUGAUUUGGUGGUGUCAGUAUACGUUACAGCUGGUCAUACACGAUUAAUGCUGCUUCAUGACUCACGUAAUGAUGAUGGGAUUAAGAGCUUUUUUCAGGAAGUCCAUGAGCUUUAUAUAAAGAUACUUCUAAAUCCUCUCUACCUACCAGGAUCCCGUGUAACAUCUUCACAUUUUGAUACCAAGGUAAGAGCCCUUGCAAGAAAGUAUCUAUGAGUCCUUCAUCUUACAUUUUCCCUUUGAUUUUUACUGUGAAAAUACUUAUUAUUGAGAGGGACACAAAUUAGAGUGUAAUAUGCUGUGACAAUGUCAAUUAAGCAUUUACUUUUACUGUGAAAACGGAAGCUUAAAAAUGUCUCUUGUGAAAUGAAAAUACUUGGAUCUCCAUUAAUAUGUAAUGCAACUUGAAUUAUUUGUCA